AUUUUUAUUGACUUCCGGUGAUGGGUUUCAGUUCGGCUGGCGCGAAGAGUAAUAUUUACUGACCAUCAUUUACUUUUAGGAGUUAGACAUUUAUGAUGAGCUCCGGGGAAAACAGUGGAGAAAUAAUUAUCCUUAGUGAUGAUGAUGAUGAUGAUGACAAAGAUCCGGAAAAUGAUCUGUCUUGCCUUAUUGUGGAGAUGGAGGAAGUAAAGAAGACUGACUGUGUGUCACCUCCAUGUACUUUGCAAGAGGACGUGAUUGUGACCUUUUCCCGUCGUGCUGAUGUGCUACCUCACGCUCGUUACGACUGUCCUGUACACCCUUUCACGCCUUCAGAUUGUGACACUAAUGCUCCUGUGGCCAGUAACCAGCUCAUUUGUGAUCAGUGCUUCUGCUACAUCUGUGAUAAGCUGGCUUCAUCGUGUGCAAUGUGGUCAUGCAGUGGAGCGUGCCACUGCAACAGCCACAAGAAAAGUGACUUCUGGAACAACAUUAGAAACUGUGAACUGCUGGGAGAACUGAAGAUUUUCAACCUCACUCUGUCGGAAGUAGACUCUCACCUCCGACAAGCAGAAAUGAUGCUGCAGAACUUCAGACAAGAGCUGUGUACACUCUUCCCAUACUUAAAGUUGGGAGAGACGCCGCUGCAGGACUACAGCGUGGACCAGCAAGGCUUUGUCCCCAAUUACACCUCUGUCUUUGAGUUUGUGUUAUCUUUCCUGAACAAAGCGGAUAAACAAGACAGCAGAGCGGCGGCCAUCUUGAAUCUUGGAGCUGCACAACAUUUUAUUAGACAUUUCCAAGUAUCAGGGCCAACAAUACCAUCUCUCAUGGCUAGUGUUUCUGCAGCAAAGAUGAUGCUACUGCAGAGAGUCAUAACAUCAGUCCAGAGAUUGAUGGUGAUGGCGGAUUUAGCUCCAGAUUUCAUCUACAAACUGCAGGAUUUUUACCUGAAAAGAAUAACUCUUCCAGUUGAGAUGAAGGGCAUGAGGAACAGGCUGUGUGUUCGUCCCUGGGAUGACAUCCUGUUGGUUUCUGUGCUGAAGGGGCAGAAUGUGUCUGGGAUCCGUAAGGACAAAGGCAAAAAGGACGUCCUGACUGAACAGAUUUCUGUGGUUCUACUUAGAACUGAGCUUCUUCAGAAACAGUGCAGGUACAGAGAGUUAUGUCGAUAUCUCCGAGUCGUCCAGACUGAUGAUUCCGAACUCUUCCAGAUGAUACAGGACCUCAUGCCUUUCUUCCUGUGCAUGGAGGGGGACUUUACAUCGGCUCUCACAAGUUUGUUUCCCUCAGUGAACUCCCCCAGCAUCCGCUUCACCUCACAACUCUUCCUCUUUUAUCUUCACAUCUUUAAAACUGCAACUGCACCCAAGCUGAUCGUCAGUCAUCCAGGGCAACUCUGCUGUUCUGCUGCAGCGUGGGAACCAAUCAAAGAUGCUGUCCCACUGAAGCAUGUGGAGCUGGUAAAGUUUGCUCUCAGGGCUCUGAGAUGCUCUCCCAAUGUCUACACUGAUUGUCAGUGUUGGUCCAGUUUACUAACAAUCGUCAACUCACCUUCUGGCUCGCUCACUGCGCUACCUGAACCCAACCCACAAUUUCUUCAUGGAGCGCGGGAUGUGGUAAAUUCAAUACUGUUGAGUCAGCAGGGCUCCAACAUGCAGAUCCCACGGUCCUUUCUGGAGGUGUACCCAGAUCAGGCAUUGUUGCUUUUGGUAACAGGAGCUUUAGGUUUCAAAAUCCUGAAUUCUCCUCUGAGACCAGCGCUACCUGUGCUCAGCACUUUUAAGGACAAUUUGUGGGCAUUUCACUGGCUGUGUGAAGGGUUAUCUUCACAUGGACUACGCCUUGAAUCCCUCUCUCUGGAGAUCGCACAGGAAGUGGCAAACACAACAGGCCAUCCAUUGACUGUUAAACUUGACUUCUCGCCAGCAAAUGCCCCCUCGAAAUCAAACUGAUUCCAGGUGUGGCCUGAUUCAGCAUCUUCAACAGCUUGGCAGCUGUGGGAGACCUGAAGCUGCCGACAGCCGUCUCUCUACACAUGGCUGAAUAUUACAGAGCAUUAGCUACUUCCUGGUGAUGUUGGCCUGAACCUGUACGCACAGAGCAGGUGUUGGUAGCUUGCUGCUCAGACUGAAUAUUCUUAAUAUAACUUCAUCACUUUAGGUUCUGAUCUUUGUGCUAACAGCUAAAACCAGACAAAAGUUUAAUUUUGAAGUGUAAGUUUUGUUUAUUGAGUGUUUUAUGUUAACUACUUUGUGAAAAUGCUUUUGGAUAUUUUUUUUCUUUCGUCUAAACAUGUUUUGUUGCACAGAUAAUUAUCCUGGUAAAUAAACCAAAACUUGUUUUUAAGAGCCAUUUUGAAAAAAAGAAAAAUCUUUAUUUUUAGGUAAAUCACUGCUUAGACUUUAGAACCAGUGAAAAGAAUGACUUUAUUUUCAGUGUAGUCACAGUGAAUUUGUCUAAAAAGUAUAAGUAAAAUAAUUUACGAAAACCUUGUUGCUUUCACAAGUUCUUUAACUGUAUUGACCAAAUCACAUGGUCUGCAGGGCCAUAUGUGCUUGUGUAAGACCAAAUCUUUAAUCAGACUGUUAUAUUCUGUCUCCAUGUAUGACGUUAGGGCACAAAAUACAAAAAUUAAUGUGUUCUUGUAUAGCGUUGUGUGUGUGCGGGGGAGAUGCUGUUUAUUUCAACAGCUGACUUUUCACACAAAGAAAAAACAUGACUGCACUUGCACAAAACUAAAAAUCUAACCAAAUAUCAACAUUUAUCUAAUCUCAUAGGUGCUACAAACAUUUUUGAUUGCACACAAAGUACUGCCAUUAAUCAGGAAACAGCCACAAAGUAAAGCAAUUUCUCUGGUUUAGAACCAUGAUGAACCUUGAAAUAAAGUUUCAAUGCAAAUAUCAUCUGCAAUGAUGAUGAAAUGUAAAUCUUUUCCUUCAUUUUAUCGUUGAGUUGCUUAGAUUAAAAAAAGUCAUUUAAAUAAUUUUGUCUU